AGUCCCGCGACGGCUGAUUCGGUUGAGGGUGGUUCAGCCCGCCAUGGCUCGCCGGUAUCUUUCCCUGAGGUGGAGAAAGUCGCCACUGGCUGGAUGCUGGAUUUCGCUUGCCGCAGUCUGUGCCACCAUUUUUGUGAGGGCAACUGGAAAGACUUCGAGAGUAGCCGAGACCUGGCACUGACUGUUAUCAAAGGGCUACGCAGAACAGAGACUCAUCAAGUGAAAACAGUGUGCCUUUGUCAGCUGUUGGCAUAUGUUGCAGAAGGAAAAUCAGUUGAUUCUCACUUUGAGGAUGACCAAAGAUCUUCACCACUGGAAAUUGCUCUGUCGAUUUGGACUUCAUUUCUAAAAGCACAAAGCAAACAAGAUAAGCUUCUUGAAGACAUCAAGUGCUUAAUUCAGAUUCAGGCUAUAGCUGUGUUUAUGGAAAAAGGAUACUUUAAGGAGUCUACAAAAGUCCUAGAAAGAAUAUUUCCAGAAUCUCUCUCAAGUGAGCCUUUGCGAAUGAAGCUGGCUGCAAUAACAAAACAGAAAGAUCCGUAUCAUCCAUUUCUCCAGUGUUUCAGUUUUAAUCUUUUGACUAAGAGAAUCAAAUCUUACAUCAGUACUUUCUUGAGUGAAGAAUCUAAUAAUUUUCUAAUGAAGGAAGCUACAAAAGAGGUAGAAGCUAGAUGUUCAGAAAAAAAUAAUGGUUCACUUACAAUGUGACAGUGUAACUGAAGCAAACAAAGAAAACUACUUAGAAACUACACAAAGAUCAUACAAACAAUCUUGUUCCUUAACUAGUCGAGCAUUUGUGGAUCC